GCCGCUCCCGCGGUCGCGCGCCUAGUGACGUCAGAGCGGCAGCGGAGAGGCAGAGACGGAGAUAGCGGGACACGGCGGUACCGAGAGCCCGGGGUGACAGAACCGAGAGCCCGCACCGGCACCCUACAAAACGGGAACCUUUCCUCGCCGUACUCCCGCCGCCCCCCAAGGAAACUAAACUCUCCUCAUCUCUACCCCGCCGGGACCAGGACCCGGGACCCCCCCUCCGCCCGCUCCCGCCGGACCCGGGACCCCCCGAGCAGUCAUGGGCUGCACCCUGAGCGCGGAGGAGAGAGCUGCGCUGGAGAGAAGCAAACAGAUCGAGAAGAACCUGAAGGAGGAUGGGAUCACUGCGGCCAAGGAUGUCAAACUGCUGCUGCUGGGGGCCGGGGAGUCUGGGAAGAGCACCAUUGUGAAGCAGAUGAAAAUUAUCCAUGAAGAUGGCUUCUCAGGUGAAGAUGUGAAACAGUACAAGCCUGUGGUUUAUAGUAACACUAUCCAGUCCCUGGCAGCCAUUGUCCGUGCCAUGGACACUCUUGGUAUCGAAUAUGGUGACAAAGAAAGAAGGGCCGAUGCCAAAAUGGUGUGCGAUGUGGUGAGUCGCAUGGAAGAUACAGAACCUUUCUCGCCUGAACUGCUCUCGGCUAUGAUGAGACUUUGGGCAGAUUCUGGAAUUCAGGAAUGCUUCAACCGAUCCAGAGAAUAUCAGCUUAACGACUCUGCUAAAUACUACCUAGACAGCUUAGAUCGGAUCGGAGCACCAGAUUACCAACCUACAGAACAGGAUAUCCUGCGGACCAGAGUGAAGACCACUGGCAUUGUAGAAACUCAUUUCACUUUCAAGAACCUCCAUUUCAGGCUGUUUGAUGUUGGGGGACAACGAUCAGAGCGGAAGAAAUGGAUUCACUGUUUUGAAGAUGUGACGGCCAUCAUUUUCUGUGUCGCUCUGAGUGGGUACGAUCAAGUUCUUCAUGAAGAUGAGACUACGAACCGAAUGCACGAGUCUCUAAUGCUCUUCGACUCCAUUUGUAACAACAAGUUCUUCAUUGACACAUCGAUCAUUCUCUUCCUCAACAAGAAGGACUUGUUUGCUGAGAAGAUCAAGAAGUCUCCUCUGACCAUCUGCUUCCCAGAGUACACAGGUCCCAACACUUACGAUGAUGCCUGCGCUUACAUUCAAGCACAAUUUGAGAGCAAAAACCGCUCACCUAACAAAGAGAUCUACUGCCACAUGACCUGCGCCACAGAUACGAAUAACAUCCAGGUGGUAUUUGACGCCGUCACCGACAUCAUCAUUGCCAACAAUCUCAGAGGCUGCGGCUUGUACUGAUUCCUCUGUAUAGCAAUUUAUCUGCUGGUGAAAAUAAAAUGCAAGUUGGUAAACUGAGAAGGCGAAAUAAAAAACACAUAUAUAUAUAUAUAAAUAUAUAUAUAUAAAACCAAUCUUUUUAGUUUGUCUCAAAGAGCUGUCAACAGAAUGGAAUUCUCUGCCUCCCCUUUCUCUACCCCCAAAGCAGAAGAAGGUUCUUAAUUUUUAAGAACCUCUUCAGUGUCCCAUAAUUCACCUCUUUAGUUCUGAGAGAGUCUGAGCUGUAAUUUCAACCUCUCUCCAGAAUCAAUGAGGGUACUACAAUAUCGUAGAUAAAGGGGAGAUCAAAAACUAUUUUAAUCCUUUUUUUAAGGAUUUUUGUGUUUUUCUGAUGACCACACUAUUCCCCAUUAAACCUCAAGAAAAAAAAAGAAAAGAAUCGGCUACUUCCUUUCUGUUCAGCUCUUGAGUUACUAAACAACAAAAGUAAAAACAAAACAUUUUCCAAACCAGGUAGAAGUGUUUGUGAGACUUGCAGGACAGUGCGCUCAACAUUUUUUUUUUUUUUUUUUGUGGGUGCUGUAACUGUAUGAGGGUCUGUGAGGGUUCAAGGGAUGCCCCUCUAGUUUGUUAAAAACAAAGAAGUGGGCCCCUUUUUGUCUUGAAAAGGUUUCAGUGCCAACCCAAACUGCGGAGUCAGGGGAACAGUCUCCAAGAAUCUCGGGGGACCUACCCCGCUGUCCCUCAUUUCUCCGCACUGCUCUACGGACCCUCAAAUUGACGUUCUGCUGGUAGCAUGACCUUUUGGCCUUUGUAAUAAAAAGACAAAAACAAAAAAACACAGCCUUCCUUAAAAGUUGAUGUGUAAUGUUAUCACUGAAUUAGUGGCUGCAUAGGAUGCUGUAAAUCUGGUUUAGCUAAGUCUGUACAUUUAGAAGAAACUAAACUGUUUUUUCUUUUCUUUUUUUUCCCACGUGCUUGUAGCUUAACACCUCCCUUUAUAUGAUUAAUAUCAUUUUUAUUUUCUUGCACCAGUUGUUAAAGAAGCAUCUUUUUAAUUGUCUGAGACCCCUUUCACUGCCAGAGAGGUCAGCUUGGCCUCCAGCAAAGAAUGGGAUCAUGAAAAUCCAUGUUCUUUUGGGGGAAUUGGGGUUAUUUCUGUUGGACUUGAAGCCCUACGUAGAAAAAAAAAGAACCCGAAGACACAAAGAACUUUCUGGGGUUAUAGAAUUGUACAGAUCUGAUUCUGUUCAAGUUUCCGUACUCUGGACUGUAUACCAUGCACUCUCUGGGUUUGUAUAGAAAAAGCACAGCUCUCACUAAACCUCCAGCUGCCAGAAUCUUUCUCCUAUUAGGGAUUUUUGCUCUCAAUUCCGUGUAUUACGAAUAGCCUUCUUUUCUUUACAAUCUCCUUUAUGUUCCCAAGUGAAUGCUUUGUGCUGCUUCUCUCGCCCCUUCCCCUUUCCCCUCUUUCUCGCCCCACCCCCUUUUAGUGAAUGGUGUUUUUUCCUCUCAUGUGGGAUGUUUGUGCUGCGAAAAAAAAACUUUAAAAAAAGCGGAAAAAAUACAAAAAAAAAUAAAUUUAAUCGAAUGUAGUGUUUACAUUAAAUCCACAGUUUUCAUGACCAAACCUUUGUCAUUUCUACUUUGAUUAGAAGUCAGACUUCUUCACCAUUUCACUUGCAAACUGAAGAAGAGCGGUCACAAAUGUUAAAGAAAAAAAAAUUAUGAAAAAAAAAAAUUCAAAAACUUAAAUGAUUCAAUAAAUGAGCGAGAAAUGAAGCUGGAGUGUGUUCUUUGUAUUGCAGAGCGCUCAGUUUGGUGCUGCCAGCCACUCGUAACUAAUGGAAACUCGUAUGUAGCUUAAUAAAGAGAAUGUUUGUCUGUACA